AUGGUUUCUACAAAUGAAGACUCGAAAAUUCGCAAAUUUAUUCAUCAUCGACAGAUCAAUAUAAUUAUUACGACGCUUCUAAUAUUCGUGUCGACCUACAUCGCCCUCGUCACCUGCCUUGGCGAGAAUAUUUUCAACCCGAUAGGGAAUGUAACGGAACCAGCCUGGCCGACCGUUAAUACCCGAGAUGUCAUCAAUUCCACGAUUUCCACCUUCUUCAUCGUCGUUUUUGGACUUAUCGCCGGCCGUCUAUGCUUUCUCGUCCAUCUGCCGCCUUUGUUAGGCUCCCUCAUCAUCGGGAUCGCCCUGAAGAACAUCCCCGGCGUGAACGAGUGGCUAAUAAUUCUGCCCUCCUGGGAUGCGGUGCUCCGGAAGCUGGCCUUUGCCUUGAUCAUGAUCCGCUGCUCCAUGGGCAUCAACUUGGCGGUGGUCAGGGCGAAUCCGCGAAUUCUUGUCUCGCUCGGCUGUAUCGCGCCACUCGUCGAGGCGCUGUGUAUUUUUGUAGCCGCUCAUUUCAUCUUUAGCUUCCCGGUGUCGCUGAGUCUGGUGUUUGGUUUUCUGCUCGCCGCCAACUCGCCAGCCGUCACCGUGCCCUCGAUGCUCCACUUUCAGAAUACGAAUCACGGCACGGCGAAGGGAAUUCCCACUCUCGUCCUGGCCUGCGCUUCUGCUGAUAAUGUGUUGUUGAUCGUUGCCUACACGGUGUCGAUUGGAUUGGUUUUUGCAUCAGGCUCCCUCUUCGCCACUAUCGCCUACACCAUCGGUGAAAUUGUUGCCAGCGCAGCGAUUGGAAUAUUUUUGGGCUGGCUACUAUGGUAUUUCCCCCGCAAAAAGGACACAUACACCCAUUUGGCACGCGGCAUCGUGUUGGUCACCCUUUCCUUGGCACUCCUGUUCUCGGCUAUACGGUUGGACAUCGAGUUCACGGGCUCAAUCUCACUGGUUGCGAUGUGCUUGACAGCGGCGAUACGGUGGAAGACGAAUAGUGAGAAACAGACGCGUCUCGAACAACGAGUGUACGCCGUUCUUUGGGACCUCAUCUUCCAGCCCGUCCUCUUCGUGCUCAUCGGCAUGAAAUUUGAGAUUUCUGAGUUAUCCUGGCACGGCAUCCUAAUCGGCUUGGCUUGCUUGGGCAUCGGCUUGGUCGGCAGAGCGAUUGCUGUCAUCCUCCUCACCGUCGGCGCCGGGUUGACCAUGUCGGAGCAGUUGAUCUUCGUCUUCUCCUUCGUCCCCAAGGCUACCGUACAGGCUGCGCUCGCCCCGGGUAUCGUCGUCGCAGCCGCAGCUUUCCCAGAAUUAUUACCACAAGCUUCAAUCGUACUGUCCGCCUGCGUGGUGGCCAUCCUGCUCACCGCCCCGCUCGGUCAGCUGGCCCUCGGCCUGUUCGGUCCCAAGUUCUUGACGCAAGACACCAAGGGAUUCUGGCCGGAUGAUGAGACCACCAACCCCGGACGAGUUCUACGGGAGCGUCGAGGAACUUGGGCCGGAGCAGCAGCCGCCGAGGAGGAGCAGUUCUUCCUCCACCUCGCGAAGCCACCGCAGCAGCCCUCGGAAGAUCUACGAGAUGAAGGCGCCGCCACCGGU